AUGAAACCCGCCAUCUCAACCACCCUCCUCCUCUCAUUCCUCCUCACAACCAACCCCCCAACAGCCCACGCCAUCCCCACCCAAAUCCAACCCCAAACUUCCCAAAUAGCAGACAAACACACCUCAUCAGCGUGGCAGCUCUCCCUGUACCAGAACACCCACUGCACCGGCGAAACAACCUUCUACUCCGGUAACGGGACACACCCUUGCGCCUCAUCUAUCCUCAACGGUGGUGCCCUGGCUUACAUCUCUACUGUGAGGAGCGCCUCUAAAUGCAAGGUGACGCUCUUUGGUGAUGAGGGCUGCUCCCGUGCCGAGACUGUGGGGGUUAUCGUGGCUGGUGGGGAGGGGGGUAAGGAGGGGGAGUGUGAGGUGCUUGACGCGGUGGGGGGUGGGACGGAGAUUAGGAGUUUGAGGGUUGUUUGUUGA